UAAAAUUGGCGUUCGUCUCUGCAGCGCCAAUUGAUAGCAACAUUCCGAUGAUGGGGAAGGUGGCGAUGGGUGUGUGAGGUUGUCUGAGUGGGCAGCGAGAAGAAAAGUUCACCGUCCGAAGAAAACCACUCGCCGGCGAAGAUGACUCUUCACUCCAUUGUGAUUCAGAAGCUACUAAGCACCAAAGCUCAUGUCGGCCGGCAAGCUGCCACUCACCAUUUCAAGUUAUAUACCUAUGGAUUUCGCAAUCGAAUGGCCAUUAUCGACUCCGAUAAAACCCUAAUCUGUAUGCGCAAUGCCUUGAACUUCAUUGGCUCAUUGGUCCGCCAGAAGGGGCGUUUCAUGUUCGUCAAUACCAAUUGGCUUUUCGAUGAAAUUAUUGAAGAAAUGACGAAGAAGAUUGGAUGCUAUAGCCCUAGCGCCGCUUCACUGUGGAAGAUGAGUGGAAUUCUCACUAAUAGUGCAAGUCCUAAGAAGUUCAAGUCGAGGCAUAAGAGGCUCUGUUUUGGACCAACUCAACCGCCCGAUUGUUUGGUGGUUAUUGAUACGGAGAGGAAAUCAUCGGUGAUUAUGGAAGCAGAUAGAUUGCAGAUUCCGAUUGUGGCUCUUGUGGACUCGAGCAUGCCAUUGGAGAUCUAUAAGAGGAUUGCUUAUCCUAUUCCGGCCAAUGAUUCAGUUCAAUUUAUCUAUUUGUUCUGUAACUUGAUAACGAAGACCUUCCUUUAUGAACAGAAGCGCUUGGCUUCUACUAGUGCAGUUGCCGUCAAAGAAGACCUUCCCAAAUCUCAACCAAGAGAGAAACUGGAUCAAGUAGAGGAGCAGACCAAAAGCAUUGAUUUUCUGAAGAAAGAAGUGCUUCUUGUUCCAUAUGAGAGUUUGGCAACAGUGACAGAUGACAUUGCAAAAACUAAAAAUCUUUUGGACAAGCUCGUUGUUUUGAAGUUCAAUGGAGCUUUGGGCACAUCAAUGGGUUUUAAUGGGCCCAAAUCUGCACUCAAAGUUUGUGGUGAUUCAACACCCAUUGACUUAUUUCUUGAGCAAAUUGAGUCCCUAAAUGCCAAGUAUGGAUGCAAUGUCCCAUUGAUGCUCUUGGAUUCUUCUGAAACUCACGAUGAGACAUUGAAGGCCGUGGGAAAGCAUAAGAAGUCAAAAAUUGAUGUCCAUUCUUUAAUUCAGGGACAAAAGUUGCCACUGGACUCAUCUCAAAAGCCAAGGGAAGAUGAUGAUUUGCAUAAUUCUGAUCAUGGCUCAGUUCUCCUUUCCUUACUGACUGGUGGAACUCUAGAUGUAUUAUUGUCAAAGGGUAAGGAGUUUGCCCUGGUGGUUGGCUCGGAUAAUGUGGCUGCUGUUAUUGACCCACAAAUCUUAAAUCAUUUGAUCCAAAAUAAGAUUGAAUUCUGCAUGGAGGUAACACCUACAGCAGCAUUUGACAUGAGUACCAGCACUUAUUCAACUCCACAGAAGUGUCAGUUUGCAGAUAUUGCUCUAAAUUCAAGUCAGUCUCCAACGGACAAAUUCAAAUUUUCUGAUAUAAGAAACUUGUGGGUGAAUUUGACCGCCACUAAGAGACUAGUGGAUACAAAUACACUAAAGAUUGGGAACUCUUCAUUUUCAGAGGACGGAAACAGCGAUCAAAUGCUCAGGCAAAACACUGCAGUAGGCUCAAUGAUAAAGUUCUUUGAUCAACCCAUUGGGAUUAUUGUGCCACAUUCUCGUUCACUACAACUGAGUUCAACGUCAGAUUUACUUCUUUUACAGUCAGAUCUGUAUACAUCCAAUGAAGGCCUAAUGGUUCGAAAUGCAGCUAGAGCUAACCCUGUAGAUCCAUCAAUUGAUUUAGGUUCUGAAUUUGAAAAGAUUAAUGAUUUCCAAAGUCGAUUCAAGGCCAUCCCCAGCAUUGUUGAGCUGGAUAGCUUGACUGUAAGAGGUGAUGUGUGGUUUGGGAAAGGUGUGACUAUCAAGGGGAAAGUCGAUAUCGUUGCAAAACCAGGGAUGAAGUUGGAAAUCCCAGAUGGUGCAGUACUUGAAAAUCAGGAGAUCAACGAUCCAGCAGAUCUUAAAUGAAGAAAUUGUGUCUUGUUGAAGCGGAAAGCUUUCAUAGAAUAAUGUUCUUUUUCUCAUUGACAAACUUGUUUUGGAGCUCUCCCUUUGAGCCACAAUUUUCUUCACUUUUAAAGAGUGGUAUAUAGGGGAGUUGUGGUACAGUAGGGGACAAUUCUUUCUUUAGCAGAGACCCAAAAGGGUUGAAACACAAAUUAGCUUAUUAGCAAAUAGAUGCCACUCGGUAACUCUCCGGCUACAAUAAAUUAGCCUCGACUUUGUUUAUUUGUGCUUGUUGGCACCACGAGAGAUGACUUAUCCUAACAGGGAAAUCAAUUCAGAUGAGCAUACUUGUUUCUCCCCCAACAUUUGUUAAAUCAUACUUCAUCUCAAGCAGUAUCCGAUUCAGUCGGCGCCAAAGAUCGAAUCAAAACAGGUACUAUUCUCCAAGAAUGAGUAGUUUCUUUAACCUGUUUCUUUUUCUGGGAAUAAGUUUGGAUUCCAAGGAUAGUUAGCCACAUUUCCAGUGCUUAUAAACAUUUGGUCCAAUUUAUUUGAUAUUCAGCAAACUGGGUGACUUUUUUUUCC